AUGCCCACGUGCACACCGCAGUCCAUGGUUGACGACGCGAUGCGCCAGCUGUGCUCCAUGUUCCCGAAAGAGCUCGGCGGCGACGAGGCUGCAAAGCGCCUGGUGAAGCAGCUCGCCAGUGCGGCGGAGAUGAAGCAGGGGGAUGCCGAAUGCGAAAAGUCGACCGCUGGGCUGCUGCUAGAGCUGUGGAGCAGGGCGUUCCCUCCUGAGCAGCCGUCCACAUGCGCUAGUGCCGCGGCGGCGCUCGACGCGUUGCCGGCGGGCGUCCGCGGCGCGCUGCUGCGGGCCGCGACUGCCGCGGCAGCAGCCGCGCUGCCGGGCGGCGCGGCCGCGCUGCGUGGGCUGCUGGAGGCGGCGGCGCCCGCGGCGCUGCAGGACGGCGGGUGGACGGUCUCGUUUGGGGACGCGUUGGCAGCGCUGCGAGCGCUGGAGCGGGCGGGUUGGUCCUGGAACCGCCUGAGUGAGUCGACGCCGGCGCUCCUCGCCGCCCUCCGCGACGGCUGCGGCCAUGCGGGCCCCGACGGCGCCGCAGCCGCACUGGGGGUGCUGGCGCGGGCGGGGGCAGGCUGGGGGGAUGCAGACCUGCGCGCGGCGGCGCGGCCGCUGCUCGCCGCGCUGCGGGGCGCCGUAGCUUCCGCCUCCCAAGCGGCACUUGUGGAGGGGAUCUGGGCGAUGGCCUCUUUCGGGGGCCGAGCGGCGUGGGCGCAGCGCGAGACCGCUGACGUGGCGGCGCUGCUGGCGGCGCUGAGGGGCACGCUGAUCUACGUGCCGCCGCGCUACGACCGCGGCGGCGACGACCGCGGCGUCGCAUGGGGCGGCCAGGGCGGGGGCGACGGCCCCCUCACCGCGCGCCAGGUCGCGCGCGCCGUGUGGGCGGCUGGCAAGCUGGACGCCGACCUGGCACCGCUGCAGCUCGCGGCGCUGCUGGCGCCGCUGCGGCGCACGCAGCUCGCGGCGCGCGCGCGGUUGAGCGCAGAGGAACUGACGGGGGUUAUCGUCGCCUGCUCCAAGGUCACAGGCCCGCAGCUCGAGCUGGUCGCGUUGCGGCGCGAGGCGCUGAACCUCGUCGUCGUCGCCGGGGACGCGGCCGCGUUCCGAGGUUACCCAGAUCACGCGGCAGACGCACUGCACGCGAUCGGCAUGCUGGGCGUGCUCCCGCGGCGCUUUGUGCUUGAACUGCUGGACGGGUUGAUGGCGGACGGCGCGAGCCCCGGGGAUGGCGCCGCUCCAGGGGUGGCGGCGGAAUCAGGCUCAGCGGCGGGGCCGUCCGCAGCGCUGCCGCGCCUGACGCCCCGGCAGCUUGAACUGGCGGCCGCGGCGGCCGCGAUGCUGCUGCUCCCGCGGGAGGCGCGCGCCCCUGUGGAGCGCCUGGUGCGGGAGCUGCGCUCGCGGCUGCCACCGGACGCAGCUGGCGGCUGCUGGCGCGAGAGGGAGGGCCCUGGAAACGACGGCCCCCGCGUCACCGCAGUGGAGGCGAUCGUGGCAGCUUGGGCGGCCUCCACCGCAGACCAGCGCCAGCUGGCCGAUGACGUCACCGUGAUGUGCGCGCACGCCGCGCGCUGCGGCCCAUGGCGGACGCUGAAGCCGUCCAUGCUGUCUCAGGUGUGGCAAGUGCACAUGUGGCUCGUGGACGUCCGCGCUCAGCAGGCCGCCGUAGGCGCCGCCGCCAGCCCUGACGCCGCCGCGCCCUCCGCCGGCGGCCUGCACGGCGCCCUGGCGCCCGCCGCCCUGCAAGCCUGCCGGCAGGCGUGGCUCGAGGGCGCGCGCGACGCAACGACGUCAUACCUUCAGCUGCAGGUCUUCGAUUUGCUGAAAUCCAUGACUGACGUCGUCACAGCCUGCCAGCUGGAGGCGCCCAUGGGCGCCGGCGGGUAUCGCUCCGUCGACAUAGCCGCGACGCACCGCAAGACGGGGCGGCGCGUGGCAAUUGAGGUCGACGGCCCCUCCCACUGGCUGUGCGCGUGCAGCACGAAGAGCAAUAAACACGCGUCCGCAACGAUGACGGACAAUUGGCUGGCGCGCGGGGAGACGGCGGCGCGGGACAGGGCGCUGGCGGCUGCAGGGUGUGCCGUGGUCAGCGUGCCGUUUUGGUCGUGGAACGCCUGCGGACAGACCAAGGCGGGCAAGAAGCAAGUGGCUGCCCAGGCUGCAAAGCGGCGGCGGCUGGAGCUGAACACUCAGCAGCGGGUGCCGCGUCGGCAGCAGGAGGAGCCGGAGCAGCAGCAGCAGCAGCAGCAGCAGCAGCAGCAGCAGCAGCAGCAGCAGCAGCAGCACCAGCAGUUGCUGACGCAGGAGCAGCCAAGGAAGCUGACUAAGGGGCAGAGGAAGCUGGCAACGCUCCAGAAGCUGACUACGGAGGAGGCUCACAGGAAGUACGAAGCCUUCAUCAAGAAGCAGAAGCAGGCCAGGCUGAAGCAGGCCUUACUGCCGCAGCAGGAGGUGCUACUCCUGAGCAGCACCUGUAUCCGGUAA